AUGGAUGGAUUAUUGAAAUGGUCUCUUGCACAGCAAGGAGGUAAUGAUGAGGCCAAAGAACGUGCUGGAAAACCGGAUCCAAACGCGCUAGCCCAGUUAUUGGGUAUGGGACAUUUUAAAGAUGACCCUUCUCUGAUGAAAGAAAGUGCAGAAGUGCUUAAUAACAAAGAAUCCACGAAAGAUCAGUUGAAAAUAGCCUUUGGAAAUAUGGAAUUGCUAAUAGAGAACUUGGAUAAUGCGAACAACUUGAAGAAUAUGGAUCUUUGGCCCGCUGUUUUACAGCAUUUGAAUAAUGAGGACCCUGAUAUCCAAGCUUUAGCAUGCUCCUGUAUCGGUUCUGCCGUUCAGAAUAAUCCACGUUCACAGAACGAUUUUUUGGAUCAGUGUAAAAGUAGCAACUCUGAAUGGUUCGAUACGAUUUUGAAGCAUGCCCUUGAUACUGACCCAGAUCAUAAUCAGCUUAAGAUGAAGGCAUUGUAUGCGUUGUCCAGCAUCACGAGGCACAAUGCCACUGCCUACAAACUGUUUGAAGUAUUGGAUGGGUGGAAGGUAGUUUCUGCAGUAUUGAAUGAUGCAGAGGCUUCCAGCAAAUUGAAGCUGAGGGCAUUAUCCUUACUUACUUCUCUACUUUCUGAGGAGGAGGAGGACGCCGACCUUUCUAGUGAACAAGGCCGGGAGAAGAUUCGGAGAAUUCAAGAAGAUAAAGUAGUGGAUUCCAUGAUUAAAACAUUGGACAGUGAUGGAGACAUUAACUGCAAUGACCGUAUUAUUCACCUACUAGCAGUGUUGAUCAGCCAUGGAUACAAAUUCAAAGGAGACGAGGUCUCUCAGAUUUCCCUUAAAUUGAAGCAACUUGAACCAAUAAAGGAUCGUCUUAACGAGGACGACCUCAAAACACUAAAGUCAGUACUUUCAUAG